UAUUGGGACAUCACAGUUUGGAGCCUUAUCCACCGUCAAACAUACUCCUAGAUUAAGCUGGGAGUCUGAGAAUCCUAUUGGUUGUGUACAGCGUGAUCCACAGAAGAUCUGUCCAGCUGCCUAACCGGCAAUUAUCCACUAUAUCUAUACCUCACCUUAACGAUGGAGGGAAAAUACGCCUCAGACCCCGAAUGGGCUUCCAUUGAGCCAAUUCCCCUCGAUGAUGGUGCCGAAUCCGGAGCACAGCCCUUGGCCACCAUUGCCUAUGCUUCGGAGUACCUCGAGGCCACAUCGUAUCUACGAGCGGUCAUGGCAGCCAACGAAAUGUCGGAGAGAGCGUUGAAGUUGACCGAAGACAUUAUUUCGAUGAACCCUGCUCAUUAUACCGUGUGGAUUUACCGUGCAAAGAUCCUGGUUGCAUUGGAAAAAGAUCUCAAAGAUGAGCUGGAAUGGCUGAACGGCGUCUCUCUAAAGUACCUGAAGAAUUACCAAAUAUGGCAUCACCGUCAAGUCCUCAUGUCCCGCAGGGACUCCUUCCCCACCCCACCAGCCAAGGAACCAGACUUCCUCAUGGAGAUGUUCGCUCAAGAUUCUAAAAACUACCAUGUCUGGACCUACCGCCAUUGGUACGUCCGUCAUUUCAAGCUUUGGGAUGCCCCGCGCGAAAUCCAGGAUGUGGAAGCCCUGCUAGCAUCGGAUGUCCGCAACAACUCCGCUUGGAAUCACCGGUAUAUGCUCCGGUUUGGACCGCGUGAUGACGAGCCAGACGCCGGAAUGCAAAACAGCGGCGGGGACCCUUCUCAGAAGGGCCGACUGGCCGUUGUCGACGAAGAUGUUAUCGACGCUGAGCUGCAGUUCGCCAAGUCCAAGAUCGUUCGGGCACCUGAGAAUCGCAGUCCGUGGUCGUAUGCGCGGGGGGUGUUGCGCGCCGCAGGUCGGCCUCUUUCGGAAUGGAAGGAGUUUACGAGCAAAUUCGUGAUCGAAAAGGACGGGGAUGUGGAGGUCAAGAGCAGCCAUGCUGUUGAAUGGCUGGCUGAUGUAUUUGCCGAAGAAAGCGCAUCAGGACAGGAUGCCGUCCGCAUGCUUACCCUGCUGAAGGAGAAAUAUGAUCCUAUCCGGGCGAACUACUGGGACUAUCGGAUUCGUACGAUCGCCGGUGCAGAAGUUCCUACUUCCGCAUGAUUCUUUUCGAAUGUGAUGUAUCGAUAGCGAGGGUAUAGGAUGGAGACUUGUCUACUGGAUAAGUUGGCAGUGGUUCUUGAUUCUCUGGAAAUAUUUCGUCAAUAUCAAUAAUAAGGUCCAUAUC